UCUCACGCGCGGCAACCUUAUCGACGGGACAAGUGGACCACGAACGACGGCGCUGAGAAGACUCAGAAACCAGCAAUGGCAGCAGCAUGAAGCUGGUGCGCGGUGCCCUUUCAAAAGCCAAUUGAAGGUGACCAAGCUCUCUGCCUUUCACUCCUUUCAAUUCAUGGACUCACCACCACCGACCUCCAUCCACUCCGACAGCAUCAUCAGCAACAGCCAUGGAUGAACUAAAGCGACACCCAACAGACGAAGAACUCGCUCCUCCCCUCCCAAUUCGCCCUGUCUCACGAGGCCCGGAACUGGUCGAUCCGAACAGCGCAGGUCCCUCGUUGAGAUCACUCGGCGUCACGCCUGAGCCCCCUGUCAUGGCGAGGACAGAUGCCGCGCAUGAAGCUGUGGGAGAGUAUGAUAUCCCUGCGUUGCCGGCGAGACCAGGGCUGCAGCCACCUGUGUACACGCCUGAUACGCUGCCUGUCGAAUCCUUGGCCAUUGCGCCGGGUUCGCGGGUGCAUACACCUACAUCCAUGGUCGAAGAACCCAUUGCACAGCCAGUCUCCGAAAAGGCGGCAUACCUUGCUCCCCCACCCCCUCAGCGCAUGAGGCGGACGUAUUCGGAUAAUGGAGAGACAGGAGGGGCAUUGCACUACACCCGCAAUCCACACAUCCUCACCGCAUACCUCAUCCCUUUCCCUCAGCCGAGGUUCAAUCCGCCGAUUAAGCCCAAGGUGCAGGCGCAUGGUGAGGAAUUGAGCAGUGCAGAUAUCAAGCGCAUGGAAGCGGAGGGCACUCUGUAUCCGGGCACGCAGGCCGAAGACGAAGUACCCAUGAGGUUUUUGAUUUACACUCCGCCGCCUCCUCCCCUCCGAAAACCGGAGACGAAGCUCGAUGAUCAGGGAAAAGAGGUGAAAGAAGGAAAGGUCCACAAAGCGCAACGAAAAUGGGAAGAGGAAGUCCGUGAAUCAAAGACGAAGACGGGAAUUAAGGCUAAGGCGAUUCGCGGCAUUGCGAAAGGGAUGUCAAACGUCAAAUCCUCUAAUCUAGAAUUCUUCAACCGCUUCCCCUCCACAGGUAGCACCGAGAAACCCGGCGAACGCGCUGACAGAGGCGUCGAAGAACUCCUCCUCCUCUACCCUCCUGCACCCUCCCUAACCCCCACCAAAAUGCGUGAAGAAUUUGUCUCGACCCUUCUCCGCACAAAGAAGAAAGCGACUCGGGACGCAGUUAUCUCAUCUGCUCUCCUUCCCGUAUCCGCGGCGAUCGAUGUGCUUGCGACCCCCGUGUGGCCCUUUGGGGGGUUGUUGGAGAUUGACGGGGUUUGGGCUUAUGCAAGUUUGAGGGGGGCGAAGACUGCGAGGGGGGUCAGCAAGAGGUUGGGGUUGAAGGGGAAAAAGGCGGAAGACGCUAAGGCUGCUGCUGAAGGAGUUCCUGAAGGGGUAGAGGGUGAGGAGAUGCUCAAGUUGACCUUCAAGGCCACGGAGCGACUGGACGUCCUGAGAGACUACCUCGCCUCGGCCUGUUCUAGCCGGGACAUCGCUCUCUUCGCUGGCCCAACCCAUGGUGUUCCAACCGAGUCCGAAAUCCUGGACGCGAUCGGGUGGACGCCAUCUGAUCUCUCUUCCACAGGUGGUGGGGGGACCGGGGAGGAGGAGAAAUGGGAGAGGGAUGAUGUGAAGGAGGAUCUGAAGAAUGUUGUGGGAAAGGGAGCGAAGGAGUGGGUUAAAUGGUGUAAGGAUUGGGAGAAGAAGGAGAGGAAGAGGGUGAAGGAGGGGAAAGAGAAGGUCUAGGUGCGGGCGAGGGUGGAUGGAAUUUUUUGGUAGGCGUUGAUGGUAUCAGUAGUUAUUACCUAUUAUGAGUUUGUAGUUCGCAAUCAGUCCUUCCACAGUAUAUGCUCGUCCA